UGAAGGCCACAUUAAGCGACGCGACUGAUCCGGAAGUGUAUGUAAAUAGCCGAAUUUCCAUCAAAAUAAAAGUCCUUUAGCUUGGACAGUAGAGAGUCAUGUGCUGGUGGAAGGUUAUUUAACUAGCCGGCAUGAACAUCAUCUGAAAGUGGAUGAAAAUAGUAUAUAGAGAGUGCUGGUUGCCCAGUGAAUGCCAUGGCUUGUGCUGCUGUGUCUGUUAAUUGUUUACUGGGGAGAGCUGCUGGAACCUUCACACUGCAGGUCGCAUCAGCACUGCUCAGGCCCAGGCCAUUAUGUGCCUGCGUGAUCAAUAGAAAAAUGUCAUCAAGAAGAAAAACAGAUCACCUCGAAAGAACUGCUAAUAACUAUCGGCAAGAGGUUCUCUAUCCUGCAAAGGUCUGUGGAAUUUUAAAUGAAUCAAAUAACGUCAAAAGACUUCGCCUGGCUAUACCUGAUAAAGACUUCACUUUUAAAGCAGGACAAUGGGUGGAUUUUUUAAUUCCUGGUCUUUCAAAAGUUGGAGGAUUUUCAAUCUGCUCCAGCCCUAGACUGUUAGAGGGAGAGGGGGUCAUUGAGCUGGCUGUCAAGUACAGUGCGCAUCCCCCAGCCCACUGGAUACACACAGAGUGCACCCUGGAUUCUGAGAUAGCCGUUAGAGUUGGAGGCGAUUUCUAUUUUGACCCUCAGCCUUCUGACCCAGCAGUGAACCUGUUGCUUGUGGCAGGAGGGGUGGGAAUCAAUCCUUUGUUCUCCAUCCUGCUCCAUGUAGCUGACCUGUACAGACAGAGGGAAAGAGAAGGCUCUGGGUAUGAGCCUUGCUCUGUAAAGCUGUUCUAUAGUGCCAAAAAUACAGAGGAGCUACUUUUCAAGAAUACCAUCAUCGGACUUUCCAAAGAGUUUUUUGAAAAGGUUUCCUGUAACUUCCAUGUUACACAACAGGAGACCGAAAUUGACACACAUCUCAGACCAUACAUUAGUGAAGGAAGAAUAUCACAAAAGAUUCUGAAGGAACAUUUGUCAGAGAAUACCUUGUGUUUCAUAUGUGGACCACCUCCCAUGAUAGAAUACGUUUCUGGACAGCUACAAUGCCUGGGACUUUCUGAGGAAAAGAUUCUAUUUGAGAAGUGGUGGUAACUGCUUCCUAUGGUUCAGCAAGCAUCUUUUGGCCAAAUGAACAGCGGUCUUAUUUUUCAAUAAUAUAGGAUAAAUAUAACCAUAUUUAUAACUGUAUUUAAAAAGCCAUUCAUUUUAUUUCUCAGAACAACUGUUUUAUUGUGAAGCCGUAACCCUGGUCAGUCAGCUGAAUUGCAGUCAGGCAGCUGUAAUAAUGUCCCCGUUCGUGUAGCUUUUUUAACAAUUUGUAAAAUCACAAUCCACAAAGGGAUAGACCUGCAGUCCACUGACCAAUAUACUCAAUAUAUUCAGGACCUAAUAUUUGAAAUAAACGGUCCUGUUAUUUGUAAUACAUAUUUUAUCAAAAAUAUUGAUUUAUAAA